GGCGUUCACCGGGGGUCUGGGGCAAAAUAAAAUCUUGUCUUACAUGCAUAAUAAUUCAAUGAAUAAGAGCACGCUUUAUAAAUAAGUCAUAGAAGCACGUCCUAUUACUACAACAGGGCUUGAAUCGGGUAUCCGAGUUUAGUUUGUUAAUCGAUAAACAAAGGGCUGUGUGUUUGAGGUUUAGCUGGAGGUCCGGGGGUAUCAGAAAAAAAAAAAAAAAGGUUGAAAAGAGGCAUAACACACACGCUGACAGGGAACACUAGAUUUAAGAGUUAUUAUUAUCCGCAGCACUGCCAUGCUGCUGUUACUGAAUCAAAUGGGAGGGGUGAUGGUUGUCCACCCGAUGGGAAACACUCUGUGAGUUUGUGAUUGUCCAGGUGCUGUGCUUGUGUUGCUCCGGCGAAUGGAUCGUCAUGUAAAUAAAUGCCUUUUGAUGCCCUGACGUGACGGGGAGUAAUGCUAAAGGGAUCAGCGGGACCACAAAGAAGAGCCCAAGGGAUUUUGAAAAUGGAGCACUGCCGUUGAUUGCUGAGCCUGCCCCAUUUCCAUCCUGGUGUGACCCAUCAAGCUCCUCAAAGCUCCACACUCGGCGAUCAUGGCAAAGGAAGGCAAUCCCAGGGAACGGUCUCCGUGGCGAUGCUUCUCUCUGUUUGGGAGCCGGACGGAGCGAGUGGUGCUGGCGCGUAGCGACAGCUCCCCGGAGGAGACUGUGCUGAAGAUCACCAUCACCGAGACCACCGUCAUCGAGUCGCACUCUGGCGUGUGGAACUCCCGCGCCCUCUCCUACCUGGGCCUCUGGUACUUCUUCAGCUUCUGCACGCUGUUCCUCAACAAGUAUAUUCUGUCGCUUCUGGAGGGGGAGCCCGGCAUGUUGGGUGCUGUUCAGAUGCUCUCCACUUCCGUCAUAGGCUUCAUGAAGAUGUACGUCCCGUGCUGCCUGUAUCAACACAAAGCUCGUGCUGAGUACCCACCCAACUUCAUCAUGAUCAUGCUCUUUGUGGGAUUAAUGAGGUUUGCAACAGUGGUCCUGGGGCUGGUGAGCCUGAAGAACGUGGCUGUUUCGUUUGCAGAGACGGUGAAGAGUUCAGCUCCAAUCUUCACUGUGAUCAUGUCCAGGCUGAUACUCGGAGAGUACACAGGUCUAUGGGUGAACCUCUCUCUCUUCCCUGUGAUGGCAGGAUUAGCUCUGUGCACAGCUACAGAGAUCAGCUUCAACAUGCUGGGCUUUUCUGCAGCCUUAUCCACAAACAUCAUGGACUGCUUACAGAAUGUCUUUUCUAAAAAGCUACUAAGCGGAGACAAGUACAAAUUCAGUCCCCCAGAGCUUCAGUUUUAUACCAGUGCUGCUGCUGUGAUCAUGCUUAUCCCAGCAUGGAUAUUUCUCAUGGACAUUCCAGUGAUUGGAAAGAGUGGGCGCAGUUUUCAUUUCAGCCAGGAUAUUCUCCUCCUGCUCCUGUUCGAUGGGGUCCUGUUUCACCUGCAGAGCGUCACGGCGUACGCACUGAUGGGCAGGAUUUCACCUGUCACCUUCAGUGUGGCCAGCACAGUGAAACACGCCCUGUCCAUCUGGCUGAGCAUUAUCGUCUUCAGCAACAGCAUCACAGCUCUGUCCGCAGUGGGGACGGUGCUGGUGAUCAUCGGGGUCCUGCUCUACAACAAGGCCAACCAGCACCAGCGAGAAAGCCUGCAGGCAAUCGCCCAGCCAGCUGACCCAGUGGACCUGCAGGAAGACAGCAAAGGAGCUAAGAAAUAAUGUCCACAAUGAAGGGGUCAGGGUGGAGUGGCUCCUGCUGGAACUGUGCACACCUUCCCAAAAGCGUGGACGCACUUAGAGUACAAAACCCAGCAAAGAUACUCACACCAAUUCUGCCUGCAAGGAAGGAUCACACACUGCAACAUGGUACAGCCCGCUUCAGUACAAGUGCGCCACCAUAAAGACGUGGCACUUUGGUAAGGAGUGGGGGAUUGGCAAAGGUCAAAAGUGACCCCGUGCCAGUACCCCCCCCCCCCCCCCCCACUCCUCAGUGCACCCCAGGGGGUUUAGUGUGCUUUCUGAACAGUGCAGCAGGCAAGACAGGAAGAUGCCACAAGCAGACAGCAGUAAACUCUGGAAUUAAUCAUUGACCAAUCUGCUGUCUGCCGCUGUACAGUGAAUGCUUAAAGAUUACCUUUUAAAAUGCACAAAAAAGUCAGAAUCUGGAUGCCUAGCCAUUAAUUUAAUACAUGUGUUGGUACAUUCCACAAAGUGUGCAGAAGCAGCCAAAUGGUGAAAAAUCUGUGCUGACAACUGUCACUUUGAAUAUUAGUUUCACCAAUUAUUCAGCGAUACUAAUGUGAUUUACUACUGUGUAAAAUAGUCACAAUAGCAAAUACAAAUUUGCACAAUUGGGUUUAAAAAAACAAAACAAAAAAAAAACAACACUGUGAUAAUGUAGCUUAGUCUUAAUAAAAAUGGGUAUAUUCUUAAUACCGGAUCAAUCUUUGUCGUUUAGGAUACCGUUCUCACCUCUGAGCUGGAUAGACAGACGCCUCUUGUGUGCAGGCUUUGUAGCUUAACUUGGGCUUCAUUUGUAGCUGUAUGAAGUGGGAUAUAGAGCAGAUAGGUAUGUAGAAUGGAACAAUAUAGACAGUCGAUACAGCAGGUACACUUUGCAUAUAUGUGUGGCUUGCAGAGUGGAAGGUGGUGAAAGGAGUGGAUAAUGUGCAAGGUGCUCUGUUCCUUUUGAAUGCUCCUAUAACAAUUCAUACUAGCCUCAUCUGACAGCCAACAAACUAAAUUGCAGUUGUGGCUUGAAGAUGUAAAUCAGCUGUGUAACUGUACAGUGCAGACGCUCUCAGUUAUAAGAGGUGUGCAUUCUACAUGUUAGCAGUGAUGACAGAGUGGUUUUAAAACAUGACCACUGACAUUUAAACUCGAGGGACAGUGAAUUGAAACACAGCUCAUGUAAUUGCUGUGUCCUUGAAUGUGUUGCGUGGAGGAUAAGGAUGCUGUGGGGACCACAGAUAAUCUGCAGACUUUGCUAGAGCUCAGGUAACAAAGAACUUCACUGAUAUUUUGUUUUCUUUCUUUCUUUUUUUUUUCUGAUCCAAACGAUGCACGACACCCACACAAAGUGAUUUAACAUUGCCAUUGGAGCCAGUUCAUUUACUCAGUUUCUUUAGAUGUUCUGCACAUGUGCCUUUGAGCAACAACCAAACGUGCGUUCUGAUAAUCCCGUUAUUUAAAAAAAUAUUAACAAUUCUAGCAGCUUUUUCCUGUGCAGUUCCUGAGUUUUCAUAGGAAACCCACAGGAAAUUCACAGAUUUUUUUUUCUUUGCAGAAACACUGGCUCCAAUAUUAAACGCAAUGAGUACAGUUUUAUCGAAAUGACCAGAAACCGUUUGCUCCUGUUAAGGAUUCUGAUGUAAAAACUACCAGCUCACUCUAUGAAGUGCACUAAGAAGGCUAUCAAUGUUAUAGUAAAAUACAUUACUGCCAAAAACUAGCUACUAGCUAAAUUAAAAAAAUGUGUUUAGCAAAACGGAAUAGGAAUAUAUUAAUUUGUGAGCCAAGUUAGAAUACCACUUGUUCUUAGCUUCUAGGUUAGACUCCAGUGUCUUCUCUACUGUCCGUGCAGUGCAAUGCAUUUAGUAACUUGCUUGAGAUAUAUACCACAAUGAGGGAUUAUUGUGUCCACAGGUGCAGUAUAUGUAUACAUGAGGCCUAUUACUAGGACUAAUAAUGUCACAGUGUGCAUGUAUAGCUGGGCCAAUAUGUUUGCCUCAUCACCAUAUGACUCUUAGUCUAGUUUUUAUAAUGUCAUACUUCUUUCUUCCACUGUGAAAUUAUCCACAUGGUUUAGGACCACUUUCUAUGAAACUGUUAUAUAUUAAAUUUUAAAUGCAGUUAUUAUUUAAUUAUUCUCAGUUAUACAGUUUUUUCAACAGCUUGUGAAUUAAAACAAGAUGUUAACUGAUUUUGUCAGCCAGUGCAACUUGGUAAUGUUAAAAUGUUUAUUGCAUUUCUGUCGCUGGUAAUCGCAGAGGCCCAGUAUAGCCGCUGCAUCAGUUUCCCAGUGGCCUGUGGGCCCUGUUUUGUAGCCACACGUCUAUCGCUAUUUAAAAUGUUCUGUGCUUGUCCACAGCUGUUGAAUAUGACAAGUGGAUUUAUUUCAUUUUGAAACUGUCUUCUUAAAACCUGUGGAUGGAGAAAUUAUACUUUUUAUAUUCCAGGAUGACGAUGUUCAGUGUUUAUUUUAGAAGUCUGUUUUAUAAACCCGAGUGUGUUCUUAAUUUACAGUGACCUCCUUUUGACAGUAUGUGUAAGGGUAGUGUAAAAGCUAUGUACUCCCCAGGUUUUUCUAUGUUUGAUCUGAUUUGACACGUUCAUCAUGAAGCCAGCCACGCUAGUUGUGAGUAACAAGCCCUAAACUGUGCAUUUUCCCUGCAGACAGGUCAAAAGAACACGCAAAGGACUGCAUUUUUCAUGGUACUUCAUGUUGGAACUUUGCUUUCUACCAGUAUUGUCUUUUCUGCCCUUUUUAUGACCACUAAUCACAGCAGAAGCACCUUCUUUCAUUGUCAGAGGAUUUUUAGAAAUACUGAAAGAAACUUCACAAAUUCACCUCUUGUGACAUUCAUUUCGAUGACCCUGCUGUAACCGCUAUGUCUGAGAUUGUUGUGUUGUUAUAACCCUGUGUCCUUGCGCUAUAAAACUGGUUUCUUUUUUUUUUUAUCUGUUCUUAAUCAUAAAAUCUACUUCUUACUUAAACGUUGUUAUGUACAGGUAUACAUUUGCAGGGAACCCAUUUAUGUUUAAACCAACCAACACAGUCAGGGUUUUGGUAACAGAAGUGGUACUAAGGAGGCCACUGUUGCAUUGAUGAAUGCUGGGAUUGAUUAAGCAGUGGCUAGUGUGGUUCAAGAUAAUGAAAUCUGGUUAUGUAGUUGCUGUGAAAUACUGUGGGCCUUAAAAAUAGUCAAAUGUAAAUGUUAAACAAAUCAAUAAAUAUAUUUCCCCAGGUU